AUCGGUGUUUCCUUCCAGCAAGGCCAUCCGAGUUGAUUCUGUUGGCAGCAAUACCGGCCAGCCAGUAGGCCACGACAACACCAGCGGCAAACAAAACAACAACCGAACAAGUGCUUUCCGCGUCUGCGAAAGACAAACGAGCGCGCGCAAAUAGAAGUUUUCUCUGAAGUUUGAAAAUUCUUGGAAGGUCAGCUUUCGUUCUUGUGUUCAAAGAGUGUCGAUACAUUUUGAUAGCUAGUUGGAUACCUAUUUGUCGCUGAAAAUUGUGGAGAGCAAGUACACAGUUUCAGGAGGAGUUGGUCCGACUCGUGCAUCAACAACGUCAAACUAACCCUCAACUGCGCCAAGGACCACCGCAGCCCCUCCGCCCACCCCAGCCACCGAUACUCCCCGGGGGCGGCCAGCUUAGAGGACGUGUCCACCCACCCGGCGGCGGCGGACUCGGAGCGGGGCAGCCUGAGGCGCAGCAGGAGCUUGGCGUCAUCGGGGGAGGCGUGGGCGGCUUGCUGGAGGUACGAGGAGCGGCGGAGGGCGGGAGAAGGGAGGAGGUCGCAGCUGAUACCGCGGGCGAGGCUGAUCGACAGGGCUUCGGCGAGAGAUAACAGGUUGAAAGGAUCCAGCGUUGAUAACCUCCACUACCAAGAACGUCCUCAAACAAGAAGACAUUCAACCUUGGUACCACCCGAACCCUACUACAUCGACAAUCAUCGUUCGACUUGCAGAAUAGAAAAGGAAUCUUUGUAUACAUCCCUGCAAAGUUUUCCAGAUACAAGCAAACGAACCGAUAGCCUAGACUCGAACUGCAACAACAAAACGUCAGUGAACAGCUUCUUCGAUGUGUCCUACGAAGAUAUUCCAGAGCUAAGUUUGCCCAAUUACUACCCCGAGGCCAGAUACGAUACUGAUAACACUGAUAACAUCUCAUUAACCGAUAACAUUUCAUCGAACUCUUUGGAUAACAAAUACCCCCUAGACGUCAAGUGGGAGAAGAACGAACAGUACGAAAGUAUUUCCUAUGACGAAAAUAUCGUCCUGAGUACCAACAAAAACCUCUACGAAAGUAGUGGACACAAGCCUAGAACAAUAAGAAACCCGACACCCUAUCGGGAAAAGUACGGACAAAUCAAUCCGAACUCCGAGCCAACAGAACAACCAGAAGAAACCAACAAACAUUCAGAAGAAAUUGAUUUGAAAGUCGAAAAUACUGAAGAAGAAGAUCUAACCUCUUGUGAUGAGACUGUUAUCGAAAAAGAUUCAUUAGAUGUGGUUGAAACAAUCAAAGAAGACGUGAAGAAAUCUCAGGAUCAGAUAAAAACUCUCAUUGAAGUAGCAGGAGAGACUCAAGUAUUCGAACAGUACAAAACAGUUGUAUCUGUAGACACAACCAGAGAUAGUCAAGAAAACACUGAAAAUAUACAUUGUAACCAUACAAAUAAAGUAUUCAAAACACACAGCCACAAUUACCUGAAAGAGUUCUUGGAAACACAAAAAGGGUCAAAGAAACCCCUGCAAAACUUUAUCGCUAAGAAAUUCACGAACUUGUCUCGCAAAACAACGCGAGAUAACACGAAUUUACAGGAUAACAAAUUCCAUUCCCUGCCGGAUAUAACUGCCAGUAAAAACUUGAGGAAAUGCGAGAAAAUUGACAGGAAACUGCGUAAAUGCGGAAAAAGUAACUCGUCAAAGAACGAAAAUAGAUUUAUCGUGAAUAUCGGAAGACAUUUUGAUGUCACUGGUGAUGGUAUGGUGCCUAUAGACUUCGAAGUCAAGAUAGCAAAAGUUCCUAAACAAAAGAAAAACGCCAAUAGAACUAACACUGACGAACAUUUCAUAGAAGCAGUUAAAAACCUCAAAGAAACCAUACACGGUAGUCAAAUAAGUUUGGACCAAAAACCAAUAAAUUCCGAAGACAAAAGAGGCGAAAUGGCUUUACUCUAUUGUCAAGACGAAUGCACAAAAGAACUGAACGACAAGCUCGGUACCAUGAAAAAGUAUUGGAAGAAAAUGAUAGGUGAUGAAAAUGAACAGUGCAGGCACCAAGAAAACCGAGAAGAAAACGGCAGCUGUAAAAUAGUAGAAGUGACAACGAAAGUCGAGGAUGUCAAGAAAAAAUUUGAACAUCAAGCGGAUAAAGUGGAAGAAAAACCACAAAGCAAAGUGCAACUCACCAAACAGUUAUUCGAACCAAAACUUGUGAUUGAGAAGACGGGAAAGAUUUCCCCAACCAUCAGAGAAACUUGCAGCUACUUCGAGAACAACACGUGUUACGAAACCGAUAGAUCAUUCGAGAGCCUAUGUCCAACAUCUGUAGAAAUCAUAGACGCGAAAAACAACGAAAAUGAACCGAAAAAAGACAACAAAAAACGCAAAGCUCACAAACCUGUGUCGAAAUCCAACAGCGUAUCUGUCCAACCAGAAUUCGACCACGUACGAUACAAACUAGUGAAAUCUGACCUUUUCCAGAAGAAGAUAUUCGCGAAUUGUGAAAAAGAAUCUCAGUUCGAAGACCUAAUCCAGUACCUCCAAGACUAUAGUUUCCAAGAGCUUCUGAUCGAUAACAACAUUGUUAUUAUCGAACCCAUACGAUCCAAGGUGCCCUACAAAGCUUCCCCUUGCGUCAAGUCAAUGAAGAAUGUCACACCAUUGGUGCACAAACAGGACAGCGAUAGUGCAGACAACAAAUCCACACUGAAUCGGCCGUUCUUUUACCACCCCAUCAGGGUGAACAAAGAAGUGAAUGAAGACGAGCUUCCUAAUCCAGAUACAGUGAGACAAGUACGGCAGUUUUUCGAAGGGGGUUCUAAGAACAAGCAAACCAACCAGGAAUCGGAUGCUCCAAAGGAAAACUAUAAAGAAACCACCACAACCAAUAUAGAUCCCGAUAAAGAUAGAUGCUCAGCAGCAUCGGAUUCUAACUCACAUCUAUCAAACAUAUCGGAUUUGGGCAGCCAAGAGAACUUGUAUGAUUCCUUAGACAACGAAAUAUAUUGUGAGUAUGUGAGUGAGGCGAUAAUGGAGAAAAUCAGGGAAUAUGGUACCACUGUCACGUACUAUGGAGGAAGAGUGGUGGAUCAAAAAUCAGGUCAGCCAGUACUGACCAAAGCUAUAAUGGAAGAGAUCAGAGACAACGAAAAGAGGUGCAUGGACUGUAGCAAUUGCAGAAAGAUGAGUAAUGGUAGUGUAGACAUAGAAGAGAAAGAUAAUAAAAAUAAUUUGAAGGGCAUGAAAUUUAGGCUCUUGAAAUCGAACAGUUGUAGCAGCCGUCUGGAGCUAGUUGGCACCGAUUCGUCGCAAGAAACAAAGAAAAAACUGCUGACCCAGCAAAGGAGAAUCAUUGCACAGAACAAUCUGAGGAAGAAAGAUAAUGUGAUUGAAGAGUGUGGAAAGAAGAUGGACCAAAACGACAGGUUCAACGAGAAAAACGCUAUCAAUGAGAACAUAAAGAAGCAAUCAAUGAACAAUAAUUCUCCUAAAAUUAUUGGGGAGGAAAUGAAAAUAGCAGAUAACAAGACACAGUGGAAUGACGCGAAGAAUGAAAAAUCUGAUAGAACAAUCACCGAGAAGAGUCCUACUCAAACAAUUCAUGAUUUUUAUCAAUAUGACAAAGUCAAACAUAUUACAAAAAAGAUGGAUGAUAUGGAAUUUGAACCAUACGAAGUAGCUUAGCAAUAUUUAGUGAAAUUGAUGGAACAUGUGAUUAUUUUAUGAUUUAGAAAAUUGUAUGAUAAUGUAAAAACUGGUUGAGGGUUAGGUGAUUCAAUUCGAAAGGUUAAUUUAUUUAAUUUACGUGGUGUUCAGUUCAAUAAAUCUGUAUAUGUUAAUUAGUAACUUCACAUUUUUUUAGUUAAAAAUGUUCGAACGUCGAUUACUACAAUGGAAUGUCUAUGUGAUAUGAAAAUAAAUAGUCUGCAUUGCCAGUAGAAUAAUAA